AUGAAAAUUUAUUGUGCUCCUCUUGACAAGACCAUUUUAAUUGAUUGCAAGGUAGAUAAUACUACCAUCUUUCAAUUAAAAGGUUUAAUCCAAAAAAGACUUGGUGCUCCUCCUACUUCUCAAAUUAUUCAUAUCAAACAUAAAGGAUUAUCACCAAAAUAUGAUAAAAGAAUAUUAUCAACUUUAAAAUUAACCAAUGAUUCAAAGGUUGAAAUGUUUUAUAAUAUUGAUGGAGGAUGUGGAGGAUGUGAUAUUUGUGGAACUGGAUGUAUUAUAAUAACUCUUCUAAUCCCCAUUCAAAAACAAAAAGAGAUUUCUUUUAAAUAA